AUGUCUCACGAUGGUAUACUUCAGAGGUUCAGAUGCGUGCUUGAUGAAGUGUGCAAACGUAAUGGCUACCAGGAGGCGCUGCUGAACAACUUGUCCCCGCACUACGACAAGUUCCAGGAAUGGAAGUGUAUGGGGCCGGGAGCAUUUAGCGAGUGCCCUUCAGGCUCGGUGUGUGUGGAUGACGGCAAGGACGGAGGCACGUGUUGUCUGGGACAGCCCACCUACGACAGGCCCGGCUCGUGUCCUGUGAAUGACCUUGACGCAUGCGCGGGGCGGUCAUGUGACAGUGACGGGGAAUGCCCGGGACAGGAGAAGUGUUGUGACGGUGACUGUGGCAGACGAUGCAUCAAGCCUGUGCAUGUGACCAGCUGUGACAACAUCUGCCCAGACGGUCUUGUUUGUGCAGCCACCUCACGCCCAAAGACAGACUGCCCAGAAAACGACUGUGAGCCCGUCCACAAAUGUGUGCCACCACCAGGGGACGCUCAAACCUGUGGCAACGCGCAAUGCCGAGCGGGGUUCAAGUGCGAGAGCUACCAACCCCCCUGCCCGCCCCCGAGUUGCCCACCAUUCAGUGAGUCCGCAGACUGUGUAAUGCCCAACUGUCCACCCUUGCACAUGUGCACAGACCUUCGACCACAGAGCUGCAGGGAGUUGCAGUGUUCUGACGGCACGCGGUGCAAAAUGAUCAAAGACAAGUGUGCUCCUGGUAAGCUCUGUAGGAAGACGAAGAAAGCGGAGUGUGUUCCCGUCUGCAGCCGGGAGUGUUGGGGAGCCCGCAAAUGUAAACUCGUGUCCAAGUGUCCGUCUGACGGUGGAGAGUGUGAGCACCAGCAGAGGUGUGUGAGUGCACGAGUGCCACCGGGAACCUGCCCACAGUGCAAACCCGGUACGGAAUGCGCAUUGCGCAAACGAUGCCGGAAGUGCAAGCCCCACCAUGUUUGUGUGCUCAGCCAAGGCGUGUGUCCACAUCUGCCAGCCCGGAAACUUGGCCCAGAAUCCGCCACUUGCAAGAGAGAGAUGGAACGAUCGCCUUAUCUGUGCGUUGCUGACACGGACUGUAAAAAACGUCAGAAAUGUUGUACCUCUGUGUGCGAGCGUCAGAUCUGUAUGGCAGCGCAGGAACCUUAA